AUGGUACGCCUUGCAGUCCUUUCUGCCGUGCUGACUACGACCUUGGGGGUCUUGGCAAGCCCAACGGGAUCGGGCGAACUUCUGCAGAAGCGCGCUACUCCCAGCUCCACAGGUACUAACAACGGAUACUACUACUCGUGGUGGACUGAUGGUGGCUCGGACGUUACGUAUACAAACCUCGAUGGCGGCGAGUACUCGGUGACUUGGGGCGGUGGUGGCGGCAACUUUGUCGGCGGCAAGGGAUGGAAUCCUGGGGGUGAUAAGGUAAUCACCUACUCUGGGACAUACAACCCCAACGGCAACAGCUAUCUCGCCGUCUACGGCUGGACCCAAAACCCUCUCGUCGAAUACUACGUUAUCGAGAAUUUCGGGACGUACAACCCUGCCUCUAAUGCUCAGAAGAAGGGUCAGUUGACCUCUGACGGCGGAACCUAUGAUAUCUACGUCAGCACUCGUACCAACCAGCCAAGCAUUGAGGGAACGUCCACUUUCCAACAAUACUGGUCCAUCCGAACGGAGAAGCACACUGGCGGUAACGUCACCACUGGCAACCAUUUCAAGGCCUGGGAGCAAGCUGGUCUCAAGCUUGGCAAGCACAACUACAUGAUUGUCGCGACUGAAGGCUACUUUAGCAGCGGCAGUUCUAAGAUCAAGAUUGAAACUCCCCCAUAA